UUCCCAGAUCAUAACACGUGACACACGUGCAGGUGCACCUUGCCAUUUCUUUAUUAAAUAUCUGUUCUUCCAACCAUAACCACACCUCACCGAGUCGCAGCGAUCGAAGUUUCACAUCAGCCUUAUCCAGUUUAGGGUUUCGGUUCCUUACCCUACCUUUGACGUAUCGAAACCUUAAAUUUGGGAUUAGGUCUGAGCAAUCUGGUUGGUAGAACCUUUGGUCUUAGAGAGUCAAGUUUUAUGUCUGGAUUAGACGAUCAAAUUCCUACUGCCUUCGAUCCUUUUGCUGAUGCAAAUGCUGAUGACUCGGGUGCUGGGUCAAAGGAGUAUGUGCAUAUUCGCGUUCAGCAGCGAAAUGGUAGGAAAAGCCUGACAACCGUUCAGGGAUUGAAAAAAGAAUUCAGCUAUAACAAGAUACUUAAAGACGUUAAGAAAGAGUUCUGUUGCAAUGGAACAGUUGUUCAGGACCCAGAACUAGGACAGGUUAUUCAACUUCAAGGUGAUCAGAGGAAGAAUGUUUCUACUUUCCUAGUACAGGCUGGUAUCGUGAAGAAGGAUCAUAUCAAGAUUCAUGGUUUCUGAGCGAUUGGAGUCUCAAGUGGCAAGCCUUAUCUGCCUGACUAUGUGUUAGGCAUAAUAGAUAGAUAAUCGGAGUUGUGUAUGUGAUUGUGGUAUUUCUGAUCUGUUCUUAUGUUUUACUAUGUGAUGUGGGAUUAUGGAUUUCAGAACAUUGCGUGUUAUUUGCUUUGAAGACAAAUAUGAAAACAGUUCAAUGGACCUCCUAUUCGAUCUUAUUUCAUUUAGAAUUUAAUAAUAAUUAAAAAAAAACUGUAACUUUUAA